UAAUAUAAUAAAAAACAAUAGCCUAGAAAUAGUAAAAAUAGAGGGCAAAAGUAGCGCAGACCUCAUUUUCGUUCCUUACGCCUUCCGGUCCCUCAACUAUAUCUGUCCCCCAUCCACUUCCGGGGUGCGCCCGUGCGUACUUCCAUUUGCUCCGGGCCGUUGCGGCGGUAACGUGAGACCCAGUUGUGGAAGACGAAGCCGGGUUUGGGGUGCUGCGGUUGGCGGGGGAGGGGGAAGGUUGUUCGGUUCCCCUCCAGCCCUGGACCGGUCUGAAAAUAGGUCCGGCCUGAAAUGGAUACUCACCAAUGGCGACCGUCGCAAUCCCCGUAACUUUGCCGUAAAAGCCGUGGCGUCUCCUUGACCGCUUGGCCGCACCACAGCCCUGCAAGGUGCCUUGCCAAACCAUGGCUAACCAGCAUGACGAGAUGGGGAAGGAUGGCAGUUUUGCCAGCGAGGACCUGGCGGCCGAAGCCAUGGCCGCAGACAUGGACUCCUGGGUGGUCUUUGACGCCCGCAAGACCCCCAAGGCUGAAUUUGAGGAAUGGCUCCAGACUUACCAGCCGUCCCGCGUCUCUCGCUACGGCAACCCGGAGUGCAACACCGAGCCGGUGGGCUGGAUUGCCAUCUACGGCCCCAGCUUCUGCCCAGAAUCUGGCGAUGUCGUAGGUCUUCAAGAAGACUGGGAACGUUUGCAGCUCAGCGGGCGCCACGUGACUUUUGAGUCCAUCAAGGAGCUGGCCCUUAACCGACGGGUCCUGACAGGCAAGUGGCUAAUGCACCUGGACAGUGGCUUCAAAGUGGACCACGCUUGGUGCGGCAUUGCCCGGGCGGUCCUCGAAGGGCGUGUUGGGGUGGCCAAGGUGAGCCCCUGCUGCCCCGACUCGGACCGCAAACACGUCAUCUGCGUGUACACCGAAGACUUCACCAACGAAGAGGAGGUGCUGGUGGCCGAUUCGGUGAUCCGGGCCACGGGGGUCAAGUGCCUCUUAUCCUACAAGCCCGAUGCUUACACCUACCUGGGCAUCUACCGCGACAACCGCUGGCAUCUCUGCCCCACCAUUUACGAAAGCCGCUUCGAUUUGGAGUGCGUCCCCCGCCGCUCGCGUAUCCUUAACAAGGUGAGCAACAACGAAGUGACUUAAAACGCCCCUCCCGGAACGCGGGAGACUCCCAGAGGAAAACUGCACGAAGGCUGGGGACUACAAGUCCCACCAUGCAGUGUGGACUCUCUUUUACUCAAGAGGAGGUAGAUUUGCCCAACGCAGGCGGGCUGCAUCGAUGGGAUUUCUGCCUCUGUCAUGGGGUGCUUCGUUCUGACCGAGGAGCUUAAAAUCUUUUUUUGUGUGACACUAAUGGACGUUUGCAUUUAACAUUAAACCACUAAACUGUGCGUGCCGCACAACCUUGUGCGAUCGGCAUUUAUUGCAAAAAGGGGCCGAACAGAUCACCUCUACCCAUCUUUUUCAGCAGGCCCACAGUAGAAAGACUUGCUUUGCUGCUGUGGUCUAAUUUCUGCCAAUCUCGGGAAAUUGGGGUAGGGGUAGGGUUCAGCCGGUUCGGGUAAACCAACGAUCAGCUGAGAGCGAACCGGUUCCCCGAUCACCGAACUGGUUGCUAAAUCAGGAGGAUCCCACCACUGGGUUGGGGGGGGGGGUUGUUGAGGGGAAGAGCUCAUCACACUCCGAAGGCAGCAUCGAAGAAUUGUGUGUGGUGGGAGAGUAGUUUUGAUGGAGGCGUGCAAUGGAAAGGCUAAGCAAAAAAGGUAGGUUAAUUUUUCUUUCCGCUCUUCUGCUCAGAAUUUUUGUCAUUGAAUUAUUAUUAUUAUUAUUUUGUGGUUCUCGGCUGCGUUCGCCUGCAAUUAAAAUGAAAAUAAAAGGCAUUCUCUUCCCCCUCCUC